GAUACUUUCUCUCGUCAAGAUCGCGUCGAAACCGCUACGGUUCUGGACUUACCGUCAGUCCCUUGCUCCAUGUCAUUUCAGAGGACAGCUAUCAUUCCGAGCAUGCACAAAUUACCAUGACUGAAGGCGUACCCAGCGCCCCUGCCCCAAGCAAGCUGGUCUUCAUUCACGAAGUAGCAUCACUUCCUGCGGCAAGUAAGGUGAGACUACUAGGCUGUAUCGUACGAUAUGAUGCCACCAAAGGUCAGAUUCUUCUCGAGCAUGCCUACCCUAGAAACGCCAGCUCAACUCCUCGAAUCUGGGUUGACGUAAAUCUUGUCCUUGAAAAUGUGAAACCAGCUCUUUUGGAUCCAGGCACUUGGAUCAACGCAAUCGGGUACACACGGGCUCCGACACUGCAGACCGAGAAAAGAAGUGGGAAAACGUUGCAGGAUGUACAUGACCCGGUAUUCAUGCAGGCUGUUUUGAUCUGGGACGCGAUUGCCGUCAGAAUAGAAGACUACGAAGAUACUUUGGAGGACCAAAGGCGUGUGCGGCGACAACUUGCAUCCGAUCGCGAUUGACACCAAUCUAAGAUGUUGCACCAGCCUUUACCUAUACCGCAACUUGAAGAUCCUCUAUGCUAGAGAGAUGCCAGAUGCCAAAUGGCAUCGGGACAAACAGCUGUAACCACCACUAUCUGUCUGUCAAGCGCCAGUUUCUCUCGUGGUUGGCCCAGGCAGUGACAUUUCGAAGUGGCCUGCCAGCGUCAGGGACCGGUGUCUCAGGCCAUUCUGGCAUGGGCUGCAGCUUCUUGGAUCUAGCCCACCUUUUCAGCUUUGUCUCACGACGCCUGCUCUCAAUUCGGUCUUCUAUUGACCGCAUGCGAUACCGAAGCGCUUCAUCAACGACAUUGUGGAUCUGGAUAGAUGCAUUCCUGAGAUGGCUUCUCGAUUGCUCUGAUACUGCAAUCAUGAUUUAAUGAGCUUUCGGCGCUGCUGAACAGUCUGACCUGCCCAGUUUUUCAGAUCGAAUCUUGGACAGCGUCCAGACAUGUGCGUUUGGGUUUCGAGCACUCCUUCCAACCCUUGACCCCUUGUCUUGCAUUGAUCACAUGUCUCCAAAGUUGUCCUUAUGUGACCCGCAGGAUGGGUAUCCAAUCAUUCAUGUUCCAUCAGGUGCGCCUCCUCGCAAGUGGGCCAUGUUCAAGUUCUGGUUUCAGGCGGUUCCCUUACUUGUUAUAAUAUCUCAGUCACAAAUACGUCAAUUGGGAGUCCUUCAUGGACGUGGUUGGCCGAAUCUAAACGUUCC